AUGCAUUUCCAAGCAGAAGUAGGUGUCCUAGGCCAUGUAGAUGGUUCGUCUCAAUUUGUAUCACAAGAUACUAAGAUCGUUUGUUCUGUAACGGGCCCCAUUGAACCAAAGGCAAGACAAGAACUACCCACACAGCUAGCAUUAGAAGUAAUCAUACGUCCCGCGAAGGGUGUAGCUACUACCAGAGAGAAACUACUCGAAGAUAAGCUACGUGCGGUACUGACCCCUAUUAUCAAUCGUUAUUGUUAUCCAAGACAGCUUUGUCAAAUAACUUGUCAAAUCCUGGAAUCCGGCGAAGACGAGUCAGAAUUCUCCCAAAGAGAGCUAAGUUGUUGUAUAAAUGCUGCGUUCUUGGCUUUAGUCGAUGCGGGAAUCGCUAUGAACAGCAUGUGCGCAAGCAUACCCAUUGCUAUCAUGAAAGACUCAAAUGAAAUCAUCGACAAUCCUUCCGCUGAGCAAUUGAAGACAUCACUGUCAGUUCAUACUUUAGCAUUAGAGUUUGUUGACGGUGGUAAAGUGGUAAAAAAUGUCCUUUUAUUGGAUAGUAAUGGUGAUUUCAACGAAGACCAGUUGUUUAACAUACUGGAACUUGGUGAGCAAAAAUGUCAAGGACUUGUUAAAAAUCUCAGAAAGAUAAUACAAGACCAAAUAUCCCCCCGUUUAGUGGUAUAG